UUUCUACAGGUGUUAAAUAUUUAAUGAGGGGAUUAAAUUGAAAGGUAUUUAAGAAAAGGGUGGGUCACCUUGACCCUACAUAAAGCCUGUGUCUUGGGAGCUGCUCAGUUACUCUCUGAUCUCCGUGGAGUCCAGGUCUUCUACCCAAGAUGAAUUCGGAUGGCACUUCAGGUGGUUUGGUUUAAAAACUACAGAGUAAAACAGAGAAAACUAGAUUAUAAAUCCUUCUCAGAAAAAGAUCAAACCCAGAGGCAUGACCAGUCCCAGCAUCUGACUCAAGAAUACUUACCAAAAGAAGCCCGGCAAAAUCAGACCUUCAUCACAUGGACUCAAAAAAAAAACAAACUAGUGCAAGCCUUUGAGAGGAACCCAUUCCCUGAUAUUGCCACCAGGAAAAAACUGGCUGAACAAACAGGCCUGCAGGAAUCAAGAAUUCAAAUGUGGUUUCAAAAACAAAGAUCUCUGUACCCCAAGAAUUGCAGAAGGGAGCCCAUAAAUUUAUUGGUAGAUGACCCAAACGAGAGACCACAUACAACUGUUGGGUGGCAUCCAGUCAACCUGUUCAUCCUCACGGACACCUCUCAUUAUUUUUCUUCCUCAAAUUCUUCCAGCGGGCACCAAACUCUUCUACCUGUUCUUCCUUCAACCCAGGCGCCUUGGGAUUCCUUCAGGGUCCAUGUGAGCCAAGGACCAAAUGUCAUGAUCAUGCAGCCCACACAAGCUGUGCAGGAAGUAGAGAACUCUGAUCAGCCUCUGAUACUUCCGCAUCACAUCCUGACACUGCCAAUUCUGAAAAAGGACUUAGAUACUCUGACUCCCUUCUGGCUCCAAUACCAAGAAGAACACCAGAAUCACAAAGAACACACGGGCUCAGGAGUACCACAGUUCAAGAGCCAUUCGCAGCCUGAACCUGAGCACAGGGAGGAACAACCUCUGAAUCUGGGUCAGCUUGACAUAUCGAACAUUUUGCAAAGGUGGGACAAGAUCUGCCAGGCUCUGCUUGCAGAAUGGGACCCUCUCAAAAGGACACACUGAGUCAGACUUGUGGCAGCAGCAGGCACGCUCAGCUGA